AUGCCUGACGACGAUUCAUUCAUAUUAGAAGGAACAGUUAAAAGAAAAAAACAUUAAGAUCUUAAAGAUCCAUCAUAAGUUUAUUCAGGUAGUUCGUUUGGUGGAGAUCUUGCUUUUACAUGUGGUGUUUCAUAUAUAUUAGCAAGUAUCUUUGGCUUAACAAAAGGUGUAGCUGAAGGUUUGCCUGAAAAUUAUAAACUUCCAAAAAAACUUUUAUUGAAUAAUUUUUUUAAUUCAUUAGGAAAAAAUUAAUCUAAUUUUGGAUAAAAAGCAGCUGGUGCAGGUAUUUAAUAUUUUUAAUAAAAAAUUCUAUUAAAAAAUAAGGUCUUUUAUAUUAUAGUAUUGGUAAUAUUGUUAACUUUUUAUUUGAAGAUGAAUUAGAUUUUCUUGAUGAUAUGUAUAAAAAUAUGUUAAUUGGAGCUGCUACAGGAACUUUAUUUACCACAGGUAGUGGUGGUUCUUCUUUUAUUAGAGGAAGUUCCCUUGGUAUUGGAAUUACUGGAGGUUUAACACUUUUAUCACAAUUUUUACAUCAAAAAUAAUUUUUGACUUUCUAAAUGAGAUUUUGAAUUUUUUUUAAUCUUCAUUUUAUGUUAUUGCCUUUUUAUUUUAUAUUUGAUUUAUUAAAAUAUGUCUGUAUAUGUUCAUUUAAAAUCUAUUUUUGGUUGUAUUUGGAAUAAAAUAAAAAGGUAGUUUUUUCUAUC